AUGUCGACCCCCGACAAUGCAGCAGUUGCUGCCGCCCGAACAGCGGCGAUGGCGAAAGUGCAGGAGGUGCUCGACAUACACGUAACGGGCUUCAAGGGCUACGACGUCGAACUAAUGACCAAACUCGUCCUCCUGGACGCCGGGCCCGAAGGACGCGUCGUGUGGGAGCUCGAUAUCACGGAUUUCUACUCGAACGCGAACGGUAUGUCAGCGUAUCCUGGGUUUGGGGACGUUGUCGCUCGUCCGGCGCGAAGUUCAUUUCUGCGGCGCCCUCGAAUCUACGAGCAAGAAGACUAA